UUUGAUUCUUACAGAGACUUGUUCUUAAUCGCCUCGCUACCAUCCUUGUUGCACACACCAUUAUUUCACUUAAUCAGCAUUGUGGCUAGUUUAAUUAAGUAGGAGUUUCAUGGUAAAACAAGGAAGGUUUUUCACCAACGACCAAUUGGCGACUAUUUGGCAAAAAACACUCUUGAAGACAAUUCUAUCUCGGGACAUAAGUAAAAGAAUCCUCAAAAGAUCGCGGUCUUCUUAUGUUUACGAGACUUCUCACAAAAGAGUACAACAGACGCGCUCUUUUAAAACCACUCCCUUGGCAGAACACCUUAAGGCUACGUCUGGACGAUGUUUUUACAAGAUUGUCAAUCGUCUCAAGAAGAGUAACUGAUUUCAAGUUGGAAGACAAUGAAGUGAACAUGUUUGAUAUCUUUAACACUCUAAACAAAGGUGAUGAUGCCAUGGUUCUAGUGGAAGGAAGCCCUGGAAUUGGAAAGACGACUUUUUGUCUUAAAAUCUCGCACGACUGGGCGAAUAAAAAAAUUCCAAAUGAAACUACUUUCCCAGUUUUUAAACUUCUGCUGUUGCUGAAAUGUCGAGACAUCCGUGGGAAUAUAUGCGAAGCAAUUUUUGAUCAGCUCUUCCCCAAAGAUAUUAAGAAAAAGGCCAAGAAAAGGCUGAUAAAUUACAUCGAAGACAUUCAUAAUCAGCCGAGCAUCUUGAUCGUUUUGGAUGGCCUUGAUGAACUUCCCGAAACGGCUAAAGGCCACGUGAACGAGUUAUUAGAUAGACAACGUUGGUCGUUUUGCUAUAUACUGGCCACCUCUCGCCAAGAAAAAGGAAUUUUUCUGCGACAGAAUGGUAACUUUGCUGUUCUUCUUCAAAUUAAUGGGUUCACGGAAGCAGACGCUUUCCAAUACAUCAGAAAGCAC